CGCGUUUUUAGGUACUUCGCGCUACACGCACCUGACCUUGCAGGCCAUCUCAACGUGUUAGGUUUUUACUCUUGGGUUUCAUUACAAAAUUAUGGAAGCCUGUGCAACUAUUAUGAAAGAAAACGUUGACUUGAGUUCACAACUGAAUGAGCAAGACUUUCCUGCCCUCCCAAAAGCGGGAUUAUCUCGUCCUGUCAAAGUUCUAGGUGCUUUAAUACCCUCUUACCAAGCCAAAACCACAGAAGUUUUGGAAAUACCUUUCGAGGAAAGGCGAUUCAUUGGUAACGAGAACGACCAUCUUUCAGCUGGUAGAAGAUAUAACGUUCAGAGCAAAAUCUGUAUGGAAAUUGCAAGAGACACAAAUGUCGAAAUGAAUUUAAACAGCUCCAAAAAUCAUAUUUUGACAGUUGUGAUCUCAGGAGAGCCAAGCAGAGUGGCUGAGGCGAAGAGAAGAGUCGUAGCUGAAUUGCAACAACAGGAAACUGUUCGAAUUCCUGUCCCUGUUGAGUGUCGGGGUUAUUUGAUUGGUCGGAAAGGGGAGCGAUUACAAGAACUCGAGUCAUCAACGAUGACACGGAUUAGCAUUCCACCUCACAAUGCUCUCGACCCCAAUGUCGUCGUUGUCACAGGUCCCAGAAGAGGGAUUUUAGAAGCAGAAAGUUUGAUUUAUGAAAUUGUUCGCAAGCAAUCCCAACAAGCAUUUGAACGGCUCUCGAUUCCGAAAAUUUAUCAUCCUUUUGUUUGUGGCCCGAACAACCAGGUUGUAAAUGAUCUGAAGUCUCGAACUGAUACUAAGAUCAACAUUCCUCCUCCAAAUGUAUCAGUUGAUGAAAUAACAGUUUCCGGCAAGCGCGAAGGUGUUGCACAAGCGGUCAAAGAAAUCCAGGCUAUAUAUAAUGAGCGACUUGAAACUACCAAGACAAUUACUGUUAAGGUUGCUAGGUCACAACAUCGUAUUAUAUUUGGUCAGCGCGGUUCUGGAAUCGCAGAUAUUUUAGCUCAAACUGGUGUUUCUGUCGAGUUGCCACUUGAUGAUGGGAAUGAGGAGAUUGUUUUACGAGGAAAACCUGAAGAUCUCGGACGUGCUCUUACAAUGGUUUAUGAACGGGCUCAAAGCACUAUGACAGAGGAAAUUGAGGCACCUAAUCGCUUCCAUAGACUUUUAAUUGGAAGAGGAGGUUCUAAAUUAACAGAAUUACUGGAAGGAUAUAAACGGGUUCAGGUAAAUUUUGGAGAUAACACCGAUAGAAUCUCUGUUGAAGGUCCUUGUGAAGAAGUUGAAGCUAUUGUUGAACGCCUAAAAAGUCGCUUAGCAGAACUACAAGCUACUGUUGCUAUGGCUACAGUGAAAGUGGAUCCCAAGUACUACAGACACAUAAUUGGCAAACAGGGAGCUACCAUUGGUCGUUUGCGUGACUAUAAAGUACGUGUUAGACUUCCUGAUUCGGAUCGAGGUGAUUCUUUCUCUGAUGAAAUAGUGAUAGAAGGGGAUCCAGCUGGAGUUGAAAAGGCCAAACUCGAAAUCCAGCAACUGGUGGAGAGACUGGAAAAUGAGAAAUGCAAAGAUGUGAUUAUUGAUCCACAUAUUCAAAAUUUGUUACGCUCAAGCGUGAAUGGAACUUUUCCUUAUAUUCGUACCAUUUACGAAACAUUCCCUCAAGUACGUAUUAUAUGGCCUGAGAAUGAGGCAAAUGAAUCCAUGUUUGAAGAGAAUCCAACUAAAAGUAUUGUUCAACUACGAGGUGAUCGUCAGCAAGUUGAUGCAGCAAGUGAAAAGUUAAACAAACUUAUUAAAUUAGUGAAAGAGGAAAACUAUAGACAAGAGAUACACAUUUUCAAAGAGAUACGAUCUAGUUUUCUUGGACGUGAAUAUCCAAGAGUGCGUAAAAUUCUUGAAGAUACACAAACACGUCUGCAAAAUCCUAAUGUUGGUUCUGAUCCUGAUAUUUUUACUGUAAUUGGACGAGAGGAAAAUGUACACAAGGCGAUUGAACAAUUAGAAGAAUUACAAAAGAAACUGGCUACUGUAAAAGAAGUAAUUGUCUCUAUACCAUCAGCAUUAACAACUAAAUUCGCUGGUGAUCAAGCACCAAGUUUACGAUCGAUUUGUGAACAAUGUGAAGGUGUCCAUAUAAGAUUUGCAAAUACUAAUAAACAUACUAAAGGACAAUCAAAUAAAUUAAGUCACAUUGAUAUCAUUUUACUUGGACCAGAAAAGGAAGUUGAUCAAGCACGUGAAUUAUUAGAUCAACUCAACGCAAAAGUAUCACAAUUAUGUGCUGAGGAAAUUGUUCAUGCCAAUCCUAGGUUUCAUGGUAUACUUAUAGGCCGACACGCAUCGAAUAUCGCGCAGUUUCGUCGACGACAUAAUGUGGAAUUGGUUUUUCCUGAUCGUUUUGAAUCUGAUCCAAAAUUAGCUUGUGAAAUUCGAAUAGUUGGUACUAAAUCGGCUGUCUCAGAAGCAAAACGUGAUUUAGAAACUGUGAUAAAAUCCUUGGAAGAUGAAGUAGAGAAAUCACUUCCAGUUGACCCAUCUAUAUUGAAAGAAAUCAACCAGUAUCGUCGUAAUUUCCCUAAUCCCGAUUUAGAAACUGUUCGUAUAAUAAUGCCCCGUCAAAAUAAUAAUUAUCUACAAUCCAAUACAGAAAAUUCAACAGAAGAUUCCCAUGAGCCUUUGUAUAUUAAAUUAAUUGGCUCUAAAGCUUGUGUUGAAACUGCAGCUCAAAUUUUCCAACAAAUUAUCAAAGAUAUACAAGAACAAAUAGUUCAAGAAUUUCCAUUUAAUGAUCCUAGUCAAAUUGCUGUGUUGGAGCGAAAUCGAUCGCAUCUACCGGAACUUGAACGAUUAUAUAAAGUACAGAUUAGAUUUAGUCGUUCAACUGAUAAUUUUGACUUGGACAAUUAUUCAACAUUCGAUGAAAGAAUAGCUAAUCAAUCAGAAUUUCAUCCUGUUUCUGGGAUUCUUGUGAUAACAGGAGUACAAGAACGUAUUAAUCAAGCAUUUGAAGAAGGCAUAAAACCUCUUUUACCAAUUGAAGAAACAUUCCCUAUUCCUCAGGAAUUUCAUCGUAAUUUAAUUGUUUCCACCACGGAUGCAACAGCUCGUGAACAAUCACGUCGUUCAUUACGUGGUAACAAUAAUAGUAAUAAUAGUAAUAAACGGAAUAAUACUACUAAUAAUAGUAAUGUUUCUGAUCAAGUAACAAAUACAACUACAGAAAAUUUAUCUAAAGCUAUGGAAAUUAGACAAAAGCAUUCUGUUAAUAUACGUCUACCACCUCAACAUGCUUCUGGUUCCGAUUAUAUCUUUUUACGUGGUACACCAAGCAAUGUAGCAGCAGCGAAAGGUGAACUCACUGAAUGGUUGCAACAAUGUGAAUUAAUAAAAGCGGAUAAAAUUGCACGAAGUUAUGAAGAUUAUGUUGAAUUUCCGCAUAGAUUUUUAUCAAUUAUUCUUGGUAUGCGAGUUGAUCUCUGCUCUAAGCAUAAUGUUGGCAUGCGUGUAGACACUAGUAUUAGUAGUAAUCCAGUAGUUGGGAAACCGUCAACAGUUCCGAAAAAUACAUCGACUAAUGACAAUACUACUGAAGUCAAUGAUGAUAUUACUUUUUGUGGUGUUUCAAAGCCUCCAGUUGAAGAAAACACUAAUGAUAAUAAUCAUGAUAGUAGUAAUCAUGAUGAAUCUUCAUUGACUGAACCAUCUAAAGAGAAACAAGCAAAAAUUAUUCUACGUGGUUAUCAAGAACAUGUAUCAGCAGCUAAAUCGGAACUGGAGAAUACGAUUAAUAAAUUAUUAGCUGAAGUCACUGAGAAUUUAUUCAUUCCUGUUGAGACACAUGCUCGACUAAUCGGUACUAGAGGUAAUGCUAUUCAAAAAGUUAUGCGAGACUACAAUGUACGUAUUGAAUUCCCUAAUAGACGAAAUAUCAAUAGCGCCAAUGAAGAUGGUAAUACAGUAUUAGUAACAGGUGCACCAGAAAAUGUUGAUCAAGCAUGUGAUUAUUUGAUUUCCAAAGCAAAUGAAUUUAUUGCACAAAGUGGAAUGUCUAAUGCAAGGCAACGAUUGUUUGAAGAAGAAAUUUAAUCAACAUUCAUUAUUAUAAUAUGCCUUGUGUGUGUGUGUACGUGUGUUUAUUUAUUGACAGUGCGAACUAUUUUAGUUUUUUGUGUUUUGUUUUGUAUACCCUGAAGGUGGAGUCGUUUUUUUAUUAUUAUUAUUGCACCCUCCUCUUUUUGUUUCUUGCCUUUCACUCAAUGAAUAAAUUGACUUCUGGGGGGACAGGAAUUAAAUUAUAAAACUAUAGAAGAAAAAAAAGUGUAUUGUGUGCCUUAAAUUUUUUUUAUAGAAAAAACAAACAUUUCUUAUUGUUGAUGAAGAAAAAAAUUGUUUUUUAUUUUCUUUUUCAAAAUAUCUACCAUUUAUAUUUAUAUUUGUGAAUGUGUGUUCGUUUGUUAGUAUUCUUUUCUUUAGCAUAGUCUUACUCCCUCCCUCUCUAUCUCCGUCCCACUUCCAAUUUCUCUAAUGUUUUUUUCUUUGAUGAAUAAAUACUCCGAUUAAUUUGUUCACUAUUCUCUAUGUGCUUGUGACCGAUCAUUAACACACUCUUCAUAGGAGGUUUUUCUUUCAUCGGUACUUUGACGAUAUUUAUCGAUAUAUAUUAUUUUCUUGUUGUCCAAACACCAUUUUCUUUUUUUUCAUCUGAUUAUGUGGUAUACGAUAGAGUAGUAUUUGAACAAAAUGCAAAUUAUUUCUUUUUUCUGUGAAUUUUUUUUUGUGAUUGUUAGUUUCUACAAGAAAAGAAAACAAACGAAAUAGUUGAUUCAUUGAUUAGCAACGUUUUUAUUGCUACAACUAGUACUACUACUGCUACUACUACUACUAGAUAACUAGAUGCAUGAAACAUAAAUCGGACAAAAACUUUUUUCCAUUCAUUAUGACUGAUAAUUGUCUGUUAACUUGGUCUGGUAAUUAUUGUCUGUUAGGGGUUUACAAAAAAAAUUAUCAAGCUAUUCUAUUCUAUUUCUUUUUUUUUCUUUUUUGAUAAACACUUCUUUUAAAAUCUUAAUUUAAACAAACAAACUAAACUAUUCAAUAGAAGAAGAAGAAGAAAGAAGCGGUAGAAAGUAAUAUAAAACAAAAGAAUGUGGAUGUUUUCUGUUCUUUGUCUUUUUUUCUCUGUCGUAUUUUAAACAAUAACAACAGCGAUUGAAAUGUCUGUCUGUCUGAUUAUUAAUAUUUGAUUGAAAAAAUUUUUUUUCCAAUAAAUAUUUUGCUGUGU